AUGCUAGGAGUAUACCGUUUCACGCAAGUGAGGGACGGGAUUCGAAGUUCUCUUCUACGUCAACGAUCGAAGAUUAGAGACGCCGCCGCACUUGCCAAGGAAAGUAAAAUAAGGUGGGCCGGACACGGACACGUGAUGCGCUUUAAUGACAACCGUUGGACCAGAGCCGCGAGCAACUGGGCUCCCCCAGGAACAGGAAGACCGCCGACAGGAUGGUCAGAUUUCUUCACGAAGUCCUUCAAAGAAAAAUAUGAUGCUUUUCGUGUGAAAGAAGGAACCACUGGGCUACUCUGGCACGUGAUCGGGACAAAUGAAAGAAUUACUGGCGCCCGCUCGACCAUCAACGGGAGUCAAGGUGAACAAGGUGAUCAGGUUCAAAAUUCUUCCACCAAAAUUAUUUUUCUACCCAUAAUUUUGGAGAUCUUGGAUUGA